AUGACCAAGCCCACUGAAGUCAAUAUCGCCUAUUGGCUCUGCAUGAAUGACAUCUGCACAAAGCAUAACGACAUUGACAAGAAGAGAUGUAAAGGGUGCCAGGCUGAACUUGCUCAGGGAGCAACGGCAUUGAAUGCCGACAUUGACGUUAUUGGGCAAUGCGGGGGAAUUGAUUCAAAUGGGAAGCCGGUAUGGAACCUUCACGAGGCAAAGAGGGUGGACAUUUAG